AUGGAUCCCGAGAAGGCCAAGCAAUGGAGACCAGCUCCCGUUGUCCAGCAGUACAACACCCGUGAUGCCAUCAUCUAUGCGUUGGGGAGUAAGUUAACUCUUGAAUUAAUAACUGAUGAAAACGGUAUUGUUAUUGAAAAAGUUGCGAUCUCAUUUGAUGAUACUAAUGAUCGAUGAGUUUUAUUUGGUUUCCUCGUUGUAAUCUUAUUAAAAACUUGCAUUGUUAAAAUGGAUUAGACUAAUAAUAACCGUCUUGCAGUCGGAUGUAAUGUCAAAGAAGAUCUCCAUUUCCUAUACGAGGCUCAUCAAGAUUUCCAAGUGUUUCCGACGUUCGUCGUCAAGCCUGGCCUUACUUCGGUGUCUUUGGAUGGAACUCCCGGUCAGAUUUUAUAUCCCCCUUUGCACUUUAAAACAUUCAAAAAUUACCGCAUAUUUAGGGAUCGCAUAUGACCUGCAGCGGAUCUUGCAUGGUGAACAGUACAUCGAGAUUCUGAACCCCAUCCCCGAAGAUGGUGAAUUCAGAACGGAGUGUGAAGUCGUGGAUAUUUUGGAUAAGGGAUCUGCUGCUGUCAUCCUUACAAAUGGUGAGAUUUUAUGAUUAAAUUGAUUUAGAUCAAUGUUCCUUUACUUAUCCCUUGUUUUCAGUCACCACUUAUGACAACAAGACAAACAAGAAGUUGUCUUUCCAACAGAUGGCCACUUUCCAGGUUGGAUCCGGAAAAUUUGGAGGGCCCAGGACAAAUCCAAGGGAAAAGAAAGCCUUGCCAGUUCCACAACGAAAGCCGGACAGGGUUGUUGAGGUACAAACUACAAAGGAUCAGGUGAGAAAUUUAUUUUAAUUUAAUCUUGUCUCACCAAUGUUCAUGAGAACUUUAGUCUAAAAAAAUUAAUUUAAGGCUGCCUUAUAUCGCUAUGGCUCGGGAGACAUGAAUCCUCUCCACAUCGACCCUGACUUCGCCAAAGCCUCUGGAUUCCCAACACCUAUUCUUCACGGACUUUGCUCGUUAGGAGUGUCGACUAAGGCAGUAAUAAAGGAAUAUGGAGGGAAUGAUGGCCAUAAUCUGAAGGCCGUUAAGGUCAGAUUCUCGGCUCCAGUAAUCCCUGGUCAAACUCUGGUGGUGGAAAUGUGGAAGGAAGGGAAUAGAAUCCAUUUCCAGACUAAAGCAUGUUAUUGAUGACUUUUAUUGUACUUAAAAUUCUUUUUCUUAACGUAACCCCAACGUUUAGGCCAAGGAAAGCGGCAAGACCGUGAUUGCCAAUGCUUACGUCGACUUGCUCGACGUAAAACCCGCUCAGCCUUCUGAAACCACCGAAGAGUUGGUUUCGGAUGCCAUCUUCGAGCAAAUCAAUGAGCAAUUGCCAAAUCAAAAGGAUAUUAUAAAGAAGAUCAAUGGGGUGGUGUUGUAUGAUAUCACCAAAAAUGGAAAACAUGCCGCUUAUUACAGUAAGAGAACUUGAUUAAUGGAGUCGUCGGAUUUAUUACUAAUAUGAUUGCUUUUCAGCUCUCGAUCUAAAGAAUGGCCCAGUUGGGAAAGCCUUUAAAGGACAAUCAAGCGACAAACCCAUUGUUACAGUAACCGUCGAUGAUCAAGACUUUCUGAAAAUCGUAACUGGAGGGUUAGGUGGAAUGAAGGCUUUUAUGACGGGCAAAUUGAAGGCCAAAGGCAACGUGAUUGUCCUCCAGAAACUCCAGGGAGUCCUUUCUGGAGCCACCAAAUCCAAGUUGUAA